AAAGGUGCAGCGGCUUCCCGCUAGCGGCCAUCUUAGCGUCUUCUCAAUUCACGAAUGCCCUCCACACGAGAGGCGUCGUUUUGACCGGAAAAUUUAAAAAAAUACGCUAUGCCAAGGGAAAGAAAGCUUCCAGCUAGACUCAGAGACUCUGCUACUUCAGAAGACAUAGAGGCGGCUGAAGGGGAAAGCAGUGGUUCUGCGUCAGACAGUCCCCACCUAAAACACAUGAGAAAGGGAUCAACAUCCAGUUCAUCAGAUCUGGCCAGCCCUAUUGACAGGAUGGCAACGAAUCCAGCCAUGAAUACAGCCCAACCCACUAUGCAAGCCAUGGCUCAAUAUAAUCUCAACCACGCGAUGGGACAGACCUCCGACUACAACAGUGGAGCAUCAAGUGAGCCUAUCUACCCAUGCGGGAUUUGCCAGAAAGAGGUGAAUGACGACGAUGAUGCUAUUCUUUGUGAGACUGGCUGCGGUAGAUGGUAUCACAGAGUCUGCACAGGGUUGACAAUAAUGGCGUACAACUUGCUUACAGCGGAAACGUCUGCUGAAUGGGUGUGCAACUCCUGUAUCGAGUCGAAAAACAUUCCUCUAGUUAAACUUAUAACUUAGUACUUGCCCCAUUAGCUCAUUGAUGCUUGAAACAACCAUAGCUACUAAAUCAGCCAUUUAGGGCUGAAAGAAUUCCUGUUUGUCAGGCUAGUCUUGUGCAUAUUGUUCUGUGCCUGCUCGACUUCUAAGAGUUUGAUACUACUUGACAGAUGGUUUUGUGUCAGGCAGGGUUGAUCUAGCUUUUCGCUUAAGGGGGAGGAGAAGGGGGGGUGUUGACUCAAUGACAAAGGAGGGUUUGUAUUUUUUUAAUUACAUUUGGCUAUCUAACUCACACCGACACAAAUUUCUGACAAAAUUUUUGCACCCCCCCCCCCCCCCCCCCGGCCCAACUCUUCAAUUCUCUGGGCACUUUGUUAAACAAAACAUGGCAAAAGGGAUGGAUAGGGGCAUUUUUUGCACAUUUAACACUCCUUUGGCAGUCCAAAACGAGGUUUAAAUCCCCUAAAGGCCUGAUUUUUGAUAUUUUCCCAGACCUAAGCAGGGAUUCAACACAUGGCAGGUGGUAGAGUCUCUGGCCUUAAACUGCCCAUACAACUCAGUGCGUGUGAAUCUACCCUUACACGGCUAUGUAGUAAACCUGUAGUCAUUCAAACAAUUCUGCAAGGGGCAAAAUUAUGUAUUUAUAAGCUAGUUCAGUUUACGUAGUCAUGGAUCACACAUACGUUUUUUUAUAUAUUCAUUUCUCCGCCGUAUAAGCUGAUAUCAGGAGAAAGCAGAGUAAACAACAAUAACAUUUUGUUUAUAUGCAAGGAGUAAAGUAGAUUUUUUUAGGGGGAGGGGCUUAGUAGAAGAUUGCAGUAAUACCUUAUAAAGGGAGUUCACACGAGAAAACUCACUAAAAAAUGAAGAAAGUUACUUUGUCAGCAUCAAAAAAUUGGAAAGCUUUCAUUUUACCCCCUUUUAUCAUCAGAAUUGUACUCUGGAUGCCAGAGGCUCGUCGAUUCGCAUUUUUUUUUUGUCCAUUCCCUUGGAGGUAAGCGUUAUCGGCAGCUAACUGUACCUCGGGAGUUAAAGUGGCCGUUUAAGAGGUACCGCUGUAAAUCUGCUAACACCCCCGCCAUUUAUACCACUAUAGUUUUUUUUUUUAACAUAGAAAGAAGCGGUUAAUAGGAUUCAUGAUAUUUCAUGCAGUUGAACUAUCAUGGUUGCAAAUAUUCAACAGCGAUCAAACUUGUAAAUUUUCUUUCUUGUCAAUAAAAGCAAUGCAAAACCUU